AUGCCGCCGGCUGCCACAGCACCCUCGACCUUCUCUCCCUCCAUCCUAUCUCGGAAUUUCGACAGCGAUUGUGCCUUCACAAUUUGUUACAUAUAUUUUCCGAGAGAAACUCGAGGCAUUCAACUCAACCUAUCUAGCUUCGACUCCUCAGCACCGAGUGUAGGAGGCUGUUUUCUUCCCAUUUUGCCGCUAUCAUCCUUCACUUUUACAUCCUCUGCAGUCUCCACCAAGCCAGAUCUAUCCGUCAUGCAGCUGAAUCUCAUUCUGUUUGGGCCUGGAAGCCUUUUCGUUCUCGUCGUUGCAGCUCCUCACGAAAAGAAGAACAUCGCUAGCUAUCGCAACGUCGGCAUUGACCUAGUAGGCCUGCCCUCACAAUCUCCAUGCAUCGAUACCAAGACUGACAAACAUGAUAUUUCCAGUUGUCUUAACCUCGGCCAAAUCUAUAUCUGCGGUGCUAGCCCCAUCCGCCUUUUUCCUUGGACUGCAUUGCGAGGCGUGGCAAAGAUCAAGCGUUCACUGCAUUUUUACACGGAGCCUGGAGAUGUCGCCGGCUUGGAGCCGCAUUCGCCUCACGACGGUUGUCCUAGGUCGGGCCCUAUCGAUACAGAACCGGGGCUUCUGCCUCCGGUGCGGUUGGCGUGGUGUUUCGUAUGGCAUGUUCCAUUCCCUAGGAAGGAGCCUCAUGGAAACGCCAACAAUGCCUGGAGCAAGGAUGCUGAAGUCGCGUUUAGGCUGACUCCAACCGCUUCCUUCACUUUGGAAGCAAACACCUCAUCCGCAAACAACAUGUUGCCUAAUUCCCCGGUAUCUAAAUGUAUUCGUCUUGCGUAUGGACGAACCCUAAUUUCAAGACCUGUGUCGUCUUUUUCUGAUGGCAUUUAUCUAGAAGACAAUAUCAAUUACUCUCUCAAUUGGACUACGCUGAUGUUAGGUAUGAAGGGAGCUGAAUUGGGAGAGGAUCCACUAAUAUUGAUAGAGGAUUAUGGGUGGCAGAGGGAUAGGAAGCUGUGUGGAGCUUCGAGGAACUCUACCCCCAGUGAUAUAUUCACAGAGAUCUUAAUUCCUUUUAAGAAAGCCCUCGAAUAUCGUGUAUUUUUCAGCUCCCUACAAUCCGAGAAUGACCGAGAUGUAAAGCCGAGCCUCGAAGAAAGGGAGAUGACCGAUCCCAUACCAUAUUUAUCUUUCUGUCUGACCCCAUUUCGAUUGGUGCCAUCAAGUCCAGUCGGCGGCUGCAUCCCUUCAGCGGUUACUCACCCUGCGGGAAUCAUAAAGAUCGAGACGGACUUACCAUUAUCACUCCUAGAAAGCAUGCUUCCCACACCAGUACGCCAUACCCACCAUCCCCGGAUACGGCCAAUGCAAGAUCAUACCCUCGGGACCUUGCAUAUUGAUUCCAUUGCCGCCACAGCUCUUUUGGCUGAAGAUGCAACAUUUGACAGGCUUCUCGAUUUGGGCUGCGAGGACGCUGGAGGGAUUGCCUUACUUCUCCAAAUUCAAGUCAACGCACUGAUCGACCUCCCACAGCGUGACGGCACGGCCAUUGCGAUCCAAGGCGUGGCCGACGGCCGAUGGAGUCUUGGCCUCAUUAGCGAGGAGAGUGUUGGUGAAGCGCAUUUUGCUGUGUUGUUUACUCUGUGGAUUGAGGGCGAGUUGAAGUUCGAAAGUUGGGAGGUGUUGUUGAGGUGGCGAUUGAAAGUGAGACUGCGGUUCGUUCGUAUGAAGAAGCGGGUGUCGGAUCGCAGUGGUGAAAAGAAUGCCAACCCUGAUCUUUUUCGUUCCAUUUCUAAAGAUCUGUACAAUGCACUGCCACCUACCAAAGAGGUCCCAGACCCCAGAUCGCAGGGAGAGAUUCACAAAGGAUCCCUCUCUCACAAGAAACCUUUCCAUUCACCCAGGAACUGCCCUCAAGUGGGUGAUAUCCAAACUCGACAGGGAUUUAUCCACACCCAGGAUUACAAUAGUAUCGUAAUCGCAUUUAUCGGCAACAGAAACCUAGCACGCAUACGGUUUGGUGAGGUCUGUGCUUUCUUCGAGGAGCAGCGCGAGAGUGGAGGAAUGCAGGGGGUUGAUAUGGUAAGUGAUGCAAAUGCGGUUGAUAUGUGGGAAGCGAAAUGGAGAGACCCUUCUCAUAUACCCUACUACCCUCAGAAUGUGGCUAUUUUUUCUCUACCCCAGAACCAAUUGGGUUUCAAUCUCCAGAAUCCUUCAUAG